AUGGACAACAAUAAAUCAAUUUGUCAUAAAAACAAUAACAACAAAAUUAUUUUAAAAUCAUUUUUACCUUUAUUUCGCUUUGCACAGACAAAACGUUAUUUAAGUGUUAAAAUUAAAGUAAAUGAUGAAGAGGAGGCAAUGCAAUGGAAACUUUUCUCUUUAACUGACUCCCUUGGAUUAGUAACAACAUCAGAAGAAAUAUUUUAUCGAGUACCUAAAGGUCAAUUAAAAAUUCGUUUUGCACAUCCAGGGAAAGAUAUUGGAGAAUUAAUUUCAAUUUCUGUUCAAAGCUCUUCAAUUGACCAUGAUAGUAAAGCUUUGGGGAAAUUUUUACAUUUUUUUGAGGCGAGAAUAUCGACAUUAAAAGAGGCUGGACAAUUUAGACACACAUUAGGUUUAUGUUUGGAGGAAUUGGCAAUAAUUCGAAAAAAGCGAAAGACUUUUAUUUUGGGUUCAGUUAAUUUUCAUUUGGAUAUUGUUGAUGGUUUAGGGACUUUUCUUGAUAUUGAAAUUCAUCCACAAGAGAAAAACGAUAAAAUUGACGAAAAUAAAUUAUUUUGUAAAGCUCAGGAAUUACUUAAACAAUUAAAUAUUUCUACAAAUUCUUUACUUUUUUAUUCUUCUUAUUUGGAAUUAUUUUUAAGAGGAGAAGAGAAAAGGGAAGAAAGUGAUGAAUCUGCAUUUUCUGAUGAAUCUGUUGCUCCUUAA